AUGGCCGAUAAAAAUUAUCCUCCGCCGUCAUACCCGCCGCCACAGCAGCAACAACAGAACUCAGCCCAGGGCGGCUUUCAAACGCCCCCGCCGAUGGCUUACAACCCCAACCCGAACCAAUAUCAAAACCAAGGCCAAUAUGACCAGAACUACGACCAGAAUCGCGGAUUCUUCGGUGGUCAACAACAGCAACAGUACGGACCUCCUCAACAAGGAUAUGGGUAUGGUGGCGGCUAUGGACAGCAACAACCGGGAUAUGGGUAUGGGCCGUAUCAGCAGCAGCCGCAGUACUAUGAUCGGGGCAGGAGCGGUGGUGGCAUGCUGGAGGGGCUUCUAGCUGGACUGGCGUGCUGUUGUUGUUUGGAUUGUUUGUUGUGUUAG